AUGUGGCAGCCCCAGGAGCCGACGUUGGAGCCGCCGCAGUCGCCGCCGGGCGCGCAUGUGGACGCGGGCGCCUCGGCGCGCAGGAGAAACCCGGGUCGACGAUUCGCACAGGUGGUUCGGCUGAGGCCGGAGCGCGUCGCCGAGUACAAGGCGUGCCACGCCCGCAUCUGGCCCGAGGUGGCCAAGCAGAUCAAGGACUGCGGCCUUGAGGAUUAUAGCAUCUGGUUCGACGACAAGUCGAGCCUGCUGUUCGCCUCCUUCAAGUACAUCGGCUAUGACUACGCAGGCGACAUGCAGCGCAUGGCCGAGAACCCAAAGGUGCGCGAGUGGUGGAAGAUGACGGACAGCUUCCAGGAGAGCCUGGUCGAGGGCGCAACCAGCUCCGAGGCCGGCGAGCCCGGCUGGUGGAAGCCCAUGGAGGAGGUCUUUUACCAGGCCUGA